AUGGCCACCCUGGGGCGAGGGACCAUUUUCUCCCAGUGCGAGCCUCAUGAGUCUCACGGGGCCGAGAAGACCUUCGCCAAACGCUCGCAUGGGGAGGCCCCGGGAACUCCUCUUUCCUUCAUACCUGGGCGCGCGGGCCGCGGGGCAGUUCGUCUCCCAGGUCCAAACCUGGUCGGACUGGGUGGGAUCUACGAUGGUUGGGGAAGGGAGAAUGGCUGGGGAGCCCCCUCCGCACAGCAGAGAGGGGUCUUCAGGGCCACUGCUGCACGUGCGUCCCCAUCUACCCCGGGGGCGUCCCGCGCCACGCGCAGGGCAGCGUGGAAACGGGAGAAAAGGGAGGUGCGCACUUCGUGGGCUGUGCGGCGCCUCCCAGAGUCUGCGUUGGUGCCUCCGGGAAGCUUUAAGGCCGUUGCUGGGGGCUGCGCCCGGCCCCUCGGCUCAGCCGAGCCCUGCCUCACGCGGUCCCCGCCCGUAGCACCCGACUCUCGAGCGCCGCGCCUGGACGAUGCCCGCCGCCCGCCUCUGCGCCCCGGGACGCGCGAGCCCAGACACCCAGCGGCCCGCAGCGCCGGAACUUGGAGGCGAGUUGGAGUAGCUGCAGGCGCCCGGCCUGUCUGGAGCGAGUCGACUCCACGGACCUGGGGCAGGAGAGACGCGUCUCUCGCCCCUGGGCCGUGCGGUGCGCGCAGGAGGGAGGACCAAGAAGCGGGCUCUGCCUGGGCUUGCCUGGGCUUGUUCAGAGCCGGGCUGCUUCCCUCAGUGGCCGCGCAGAUCCGGGGCGAUUUCGAGAUUUUGCGGGAGCCUUGGAGCCAAGCCCCGGGGAGGAGGAGGCUGGAAGCCCGCGCGACCUGCUCGCCCCGUCCAAGGCUGAGCCCAGAGUGUCCUUGGGGCAGCUUUCUGGGGUCUGGUACCCGGGAUCACCAGCCCGAUCAAGGUAGCAGUGCAGAGACUCCCGAGCAGGUAAAGUGUGCUCCCAGGAAAGGAGGCGUGGACGCGAGAUAUUCUGCCCUCAUUCUUCAGCUUUGUGAAUGUUCUUUUCAAAUUAUAAAAUUAGUAGCAGUGCUCAUAAAAAGUCACACAGUUCAGAGGUAGAUGAAGUUAAUGGGUGGGGCCCCUUCCGACCUGCCUCUCCCCUUAGUCCCAACUCCGAAAAGGCGGCCACUGUCAGCCUGGGCGUGGGUCCUUCCCAUCCGCCCAGCUCUUGGGGUGGUUUCUGUUGACUGUUGGCUGAGCCUAAUGGCAGAAAAACCUCUGGGAGUGUGAUGGGCUCUGUAUCCUUCCAGAGCCCCCGUCCCUGCGGGACUCACAUCCAGACCCUCUAUUGCAGAGUCUGCAGUUAAGAGCCAGGGUGACCCCCAGAUGCUGUGCCAUCGGCCCAGCUCCGGUCCCUGGUGGCUCACCCGGCAGGAGUGACUCUGCGAAUCCUGUUCCUCGGAUGCCCCCCACACUCAGGGGAGGCAGGGGAUGGAGUCUGGCUGGACUCAGCUCGGGGGUCUCAGUCAGCUCCCAGCUUCCCUCAGUGCCCUGCCUUCAUGUGAUGUGAAGGUGGGCACAUGCUCUCCCUACCCCAUCCCCCUGUGCACUUGGACGUGUGGCUCCGGCGUGUCCCACUGGCCUGGCAGGUCAGGAACGCAGAAAGACGGCUUUAAUGGGCAAGGCUCUUAUUUAUUGGGGCGAGACAAAGUAAGUGAAAGGUCGUUGACGUCCGGGAAGCACCUGCCACAGGUGAGGUCGUCUGCUGUGAUGGUGAGGACUCUCCAUGGCUUUACUGGGAGGUCUCCGCAGCUGAACAGUGGCGGGGGGCGGGGGGUGUCAGUUCUGAGGAUUGGGAUCCUUGGCUGGGGGCAGCUGGCAGCUCGCCCAAGCUGGGGUCUGUUCCUAGAGGCCCCUGCAAAGAUACUGACCUGUGAUUGCCUGGCUCGGCAGGUAGCAGGUGGCCCUCUGGGCUGAGGGAUAUGGCCAGUGAUUAAAGGUGACCAUUUGUCCAGGACUUUUAAAGAAGAGAGGAAAAUCUCUUUCGUGGUAUUAGAGGCGUUUCCCAAUCGCAGUACUGUUGCCAUUUGGGGCGGGUCAUUCUCUGCUGUGGGUCGGUGCUGUGCACGGUGAGAUGUUAUCAGCACGCCUGUACCCACUAGUUGCCAGGAGCAUCCCCGCCUCCACUCGUGACCACCGAUAAGGUCUCCAGACAUUGCCAGAUCUCCCCCCGGGGGGCAAAAUCGCCCCCACUGAGAGGCACCGGCCUCGAAGAUUCAGAACGGGCUUUCAGUGGCCACUGCCUUGGCAUUGUAAGCUGCUUCUCGCCUGGGCGCAGUUUUCUUUGUUCCUUUUCCAAGAAGCUGACCUCAUCGAGCUCAUUUGUUUGUUUCGUUGACUCAUCCAGCUCUAACCACAAGCAGCCUUCCUACUUUGGGGGAUCCCAAGUGACUUAUCAUGGGACUUUGUACGUAAAUGUAAAAGAUUCCUGUCUACCAGAUUGGAGGCAGAGCGUUCAAGGGCAAGCAGGGCUCCUGCUGACAACUUUAUUGUGAGCACCCUUGCAGUUCAGUUUUCUGAAAUCGCCAAGCAUUUCUCUCCCAUUAGUUUAGGUCUUAGCCCAGUGGCUAGCGAUGAUGUGAGGGUCAGGGCGGUCUGAAGCUGGCCAGUGCUUGGGGGAUUUUCUUGAGGCCUCUGACCCAGGACUGGCGGGAGAAGAAGGCAGAGGACUGGCUGUUGGAGAGGGAGGAUGGGGAGGCAGUCAGGUCCCCGGGGGACCCACCCAGAGUCACGCCUCACUGCUGUGCGUCAGGACCCUUGAGCGACGCCUGGCCUGUUUGUGGCCUCUCUUGGGGCCCCAGAGAAAGCUGCUGGCUUUGAGACGGGGCUUCACAAAGCACAGCGUAGACUGUAACCCUGGGGUCGGAGGCCACGCCUUCUCCUACCCACGUUUGGUAAUUGAGGCUGUAACCCAGAAGAAGGAGGCUGGGUUCUGUCUGAAUUCCGCCACUGGUCCUCUCUUGGGCUCCUUUUCCUGCCUCAAUUUUUAUAAAUUUUUAUAAAGCGAAAG